CAUGACUACGUACUCAAGUCUGCAGAACUUGCCAAAGCAGGAGGUUGCUCACAUUUUCAUCUCGAAUCCUCCAAAGGUGCAGACAAAACCAGCAGCUUUCUCUAUCUGAAAACAAAGGGACAGGUUGAAGCAGAAAUUGAAGACCUAGGGUUUGAGCGUUUCUCCAUUUAUCGACCAGCGGUGCUCUUAGUGGACAGAGAGGAGAGCAGGCCGGCUGAGUGGGUGGCCCAGAAAUUUCUUGGUGCAUUCUCCUCUGUUUUCCCUACAAUGUCUAUUCCCAUCACAGCAGUGGCCAGAGCUAUGGUUGUCAACACACUGAAAGAUGGAGAGGAGAAAGUGGAAAUUCUCGAAAACAAGGCCAUAUACAAUCUUUGGAAAAUUGGAGACAAAAAAUAAAAAAGACUUUUAUUCUCACAUUUUUAUAAUGAAGUGCAAUCCUGGCAUGAUUCUUCAGCAAGAUACGCCAAAAUAUCGUUUUACUGCAGUUUACUUUUACGUUUACUUGUAUUGAAUUAUUAUCAUAUUAUGUAUUUUAAAAACA